AUGGGGCUACCGGGAUGCCUGUGGCUGGUCCUGAUGCUGAUGGUGGAGGGGACCAAGGGGGUGCAGGAGAUCCGCUGGGCCAGCGGGGGUCACCUCCAUCGGCUCCUCAACAUGGCUGGGCCCUUCCAAGGGCCCCCCGGAUUGGUCCAAAGGCUCUUCCUCCGCAUGAGCCCCAACAGGUCUGGGAACAGGCCACAAACAGCCCUCAGGCCCAUUGAAGACCAAGCCUCAGGCGAGGGGAAUUCAGGGUCCCUUGUCCCCACCGCAGGGGCUAACCCGACCCCAUUUGGGGUGAUAAAUGAAAUAGAUGGCUCCCCGGUCCCCGUUCAGGGGGGACCCCAAACUCCCCGAGGUCCUUCAAGCAGGAGUCUGGCCAGAGCGGAGCCUCAAGAUCCCCGCAACAGCGUCUUCUACGACGCAUACCCCAAUUUGCAGCUAGGAUCCCAAUCCCGGCCUGGAUAUGGGACCCAUUACUUCCAUCACGGCCUUCCAGACUUAAUCCCAGAUCCGUAUUUCAUCCAAGCGUCUACCUAUGUCCAGCGGGUCCAGCUUUACGCUUUGGAGUGUGCCGCCGAGGAAAAUUGCCUUGCGAGAUCGGCCUACAGUCCUGGAGUGAGCCCACUCAGCUACCGGGUCCUUCUCCGCUUCCCACAACGGGUCAAGAACCAAGGGACGGCCGACUUCCUCCCGGUCAAGCCGCGCCAGGCCUGGGAGUGGCACGCCUGCCACCAGCACUUCCACAGCAUGGAGGCCUUCAGCCAUUAUGACCUGUUGGACGCUUCCUCUGGAGAGAAGGUGGCCCAAGGGCACAAGGCCAGCUUUUGCUUGGAGGACACCACCUGCGACCCCAGGGUCCGCCGGCGCUACGCCUGCACCGCACACACACAGGGCCUGGGCCCCGGAUGCUAUGACACCUACCACGCCAACAUUGAUUGCCAAUGGAUCGAUAUCACUGAUGUCCCUCCGGGAAACUACACCCUCAAGGUGACGGUCAACCCGGAUUUCCUGGUGGACGAGUCAGACUUCACCAACAACAUAGUGCGUUGCGAUGUCACCUACGCGGGGACCUAUGCCGACACGCGGGACUGCCGGAUCUCAAGCUUCUAAGGCGAACGUGCAGAUCCAUGGGGGCGACAUCCCAAAAGAAAAACCUAAAUUACUUUUCUCAGCAAUUAUGUCACAGGCCACGGUUUUCAGAUUUGUGCCACAUUCCCAAACAUCCUUUGCAUUCCUAGUCGACCUGUUUCCAAUCCUAUUAAAAAACACUCUUUCUUGC